AUGAAGGCGGUCUUUGGAAUCGAGAAGUUCCGUUUGUGCCAGGAAAGCGUUUGUAAUGCGAAUCUAGCCCGGAUGGAUAUUGCAUGCGUAAUGCCGACUGGUGGAGGCAAGUCACUUACAUACCAGCUCCCGGCGCUCAUGACCUCCGGGUGCACGGUGGUCGUGUCGCCUCUCAUUGCGCUUAUGACGGAUCAAAUUCUACAUCUACUUGAAGCGGGUGUGAACGCGGUGAUGCUCACGGGUGCAACCCCGAAAGAGGAAGCCCGUCGCAUCAAGCAGCACAUGUUAGACAUGGCGUCAGGGCGUUGUGCGCGCGAAGAUGAAAUAAAGCUAUGCUAUGUGACUCCAGAGAAACUUUCUAAUAACAAAGCACUAGUCGCAGACCUCCACAAGUUGUACAACACCGAUAAACUAGCCCGGUUCGUCAUCGACGAAGCACAUUGCGUUUCAGAGAUGGGACACGACUACAGACCAGAUUAUAAGAAACUCGGGUACUUACGGGAGGUAUUCCCAACAGUGCCUAUCCUGGCACUGUCGGCAACGUGUCCGCCAAAAGUGCUCGACGACCUGAUGAUUUCCCUGAAACUGCAGGCCCCGCUGCAAAAGGGCCCAGAGGCAGCCAAGGGUACUGUAUUGUUCUCUUCACCACUCUAUCGAAAGAAUUUGCAUUACAUGGUAGCACACAAGCCAAAUGAGUUUGCGGACACGAUCCGUGUUAUGAGGGAGUGGAUCAUUCAACAUCACCGAAACCACUCUGGCAUUAUUUACUGUCUCAGUAAAAAGGAUGCAGAAGACGUUGCACGCGAGCUCCAAGUGGAGAGCGGGCAACAGAUCAUGACUGGCGUAUACCACGCCGACAUUUCUGAUGGACGGAAAGAAAACCUGCACAAGCUUUGGCGGCAAGGGAUGGUCAAAGUCGUAUGUGCGACUAUAGCCUUCGGACUGGGGAUUGACAAAGCGGACGUGCGCUUUGUCAUUCACCACUCGAAAUCGGUCGAAGGGUUCUACCAGGAAUCCGGGCGUGCUGGUCGCGACGGGAAGGACGCCGACUGCGUCCUGUACUACAGGCCUCAAGACGCCACCCGGAUCUCCUCGCUCACUGCGACCCAGCGCCGAUCGGCACCCAACAAGCUCUACGACAUGCUCGACUUCGUGCAAGAUAUGCGAGGGUGCCGCAAGGUGCUAUUUGCCAACUACUUCUCCGCGUCUUCACAACUCUCGGUGGACGCAUGGACAACGGAGGAAUCGAACGCGUUGGAGCCCUGUGGGCACUGCGACAACUGCAAACGGACGCCAGACAUGGUCAAGCCUAUGGACGUCACGCCGCAUGCAUGGCAGGUUCUCAAGAUCGCGGAAGAAGUCAAGACGCGCGGGGGCCGCCUCUCUUUGGUGCAGCUUGCGGGUCUCGUGCGGGGCAAUAAGGUGACCGUGAGCAAUAGGAGACAAGGCCGAAGAGAGAAAGAGCAGGGCGGCGAGACGCUUGAUCUGAACAAGGUAGCCGGUGGUAAGGUAGUGCUUAGCAGGGAGGACACGGAGAGGCUCUGUAUCCUUCUUUUGACUCAAGGAUACCUAAAGGAAGAGCUGAUACCGACCGCGUACAACACCAACGUCUACCUCGUUCCCGGCGACAACGCCCGCAGACUCACUCUUCUGUCGCGCACAGACAUCGACAGAGGCAAGGGAACGAGGCUCGAGUUCUGCUUCCCGAACAGAAGCAAGCGGAAGCCUACGUCGAAGCCGACCAAGGAAGUGCCACAGGAGCAGGAGGCUACAGCGGCUCUAAAGCGCAGGAGGCCCGCUAGCAUCGAGUCGGAUGAGCCAGAUGAUGAACAGUAUGAUGACGCAGCAUCAGAGGAAGGCGUGGGCGUAGAUCAUGGCGUCGACGCGACGCUGCAGAAAGGCAAGAGCAGAGACGCACCGAUCGUAUUGGGGGAUGAAGACGAGGACGAUGUUGAAGACGAGGAUGAAGGUGGUUACGACUGGUCUUACUCCAUGCGAGGGGACGGACCACCUCCGAAGAAGAGACCACAACCGUACGUUGAGAUACGUCAGCGACCACGGGCGAGACGUGCAACUGUGAAUGUCGUCGACGAGGAUGUAAUUUCCAUAGACUCUGAUUGA